GUUAUAAAUGCAUAUGGCGGAAUUAAAUUAGAAAAACAUACAACAUGUCGGACAAUCCAGAAGACACAGAAUACUAUCUGCGCAUUAUUUCAAUGUACAUUGAUAUUGGUACAGAAACAGUCCUAAAAUUAUUCUAUCACUGCAAACCGAAAGAAGACAUUGAUCAAUUCCUUUCUAACUCAAAAACAAUUUUAGAAGACCUUAAAAGAAGAAAUGUUUUAAAGAAAAGUCAAUACUACUUGGUUACUUCGUUGAAUCCAAACAUUGAGAAAUUCGACAUUGUGCUUUUAAUAACUCUUUUAACCAAUUUGUUCCCGAAUACAAACCUGUCCCCGCCACAAAGUUUGACAAGUAAACCUGACAAUUCAAAUUUGUCGAUAGGGGCUGAUUUGAUACGUCUGCGGAAGUUUAGAAAUAACGUUCUUUGUCAUCGGCCAAAAGCACAUUUACCAAAGUUUCAGUUUGAACGUUACUGGUCAAUGGUCGCAGAAAUCUUGCUAAGAAUCAUACGAGAAAUCAAACCUGAUGAAGAAGACGAUCUCAAGAACAAACUAAAGGCGUAUAAAGAACGAAAGUUGGACUCGGCCCUCGUAAUAAAGCACAGUGAUAUAUUGAGAGACUGGGAAAAGGAAAUCGAUGAAAUCCAAACACAGGUAGACGACCUAUUCAGAACGAUGAAAGAAUUCGACACUUAUUUCAAGAACAAGCCGGGGCGAUAUAAACGUUACAUGAGACUUAUGAUAGAAGGUGGUAGAUUGGUUCUUAAAGCUGUCCUAAAUAGGGAACUCAGCAAACGACGAGUAAGCCUCCCAACGUUCCUUAAAGAAAAUGAAUCUAGUCUAAAGUCAAAGACCGCAAAUAUACAAAAUAUUGAAUAUUUGUAUCCGAAGGAUCUGUCGCAGGUCAAUGAUAGCAAUCCAGAUGACUGGAAUGUUUCACUUCUUGUAGAGUUUGUUCUAAAUAGUUUUGACGAUCUUGAACCUGAAGAUAAAGAGGACAUAGAAGCAAUAAAAACCGCGCACAACAGUUAUGCUGACACUGCUCUAUUAUCGCUAGACAGUGACCGUUUCACAGGUGUCCUAAUUGAACUUUCAAACAGACUUACAUCAGUAGCAAAUAGUUUAGGUAAAGAGGUGAAAAGCAAGCUAAAAACUCUAAUUGCAUCAUGCAGCAAAACAGACGACGAAGUUGAUACUUCAGCUGAAGAUUACCUGGAGAAUCUGCACAAAACAUGUUCGAACAUAAGAAGCCUUAAUGACGUACAUAUAGCAACUAUUCGAAAACUGAAGGAGUUCUUGCAUCAGAUGGAUGUCGAAGGAAUAAGUUUCAAAACUGAGCAAAAGUUGGAAAUAAAGUUCCAAACAACGAGCCAUGAAAGAGAAACAGCAGUAAAAGCAGAGGAUACUAUUUACACUGUAUUACUUGAAGCAAUCAGUAAAUCUGUUGACACUUCUGGUUUACCGGUUGUAAGGCAUACAAUUGAUAAAAUUCUCGAAAUGUUAACUGCCCACACCGAUGUCACAAACAUAGAGGUUAAAAGACACUGCAUUAUCGUUGAAAUUAGUUGUUCAUCAACGUCUGGUAUUCAACAUGUACUCAACAUUUUUGAGAGCGACGUAUUUCAUAACCUAUUGCACAGUGUUUCUGUAGAAAUGAUGAGCGAGUUGUCUGACACAGUCGCAAUACAAACAAACUUCACGUUUGAGUCUUUAAAUGAAAUUCUCACACACCGAAAUGAUGUUCCAGAGGAUCGAGAAAUAGUCAUCCAGGUACCCUUUAAAUCUGCAGCAGAUUUAAACAGGAUUUUAUCCCCUUUUGAGAGCCGAGAAUUGACAAACAAUGCUAACCGCAUUUCUGGGUACAUGUCAGAUCAUUUUAGUGAGACGAUUAAAUUCUUGGUUUCUCAUGAAAUGAAGGGAAUCAGUGAUUCAGACACCUCCGCUUCAUCACCUAAAUCCGAAGACUUUGAAAAUGAAACUGAAAAACAGUUUUUGGAUGAAGCUCAAACUCCAGAUCAUGAAUACGGAAACGUAGAUAUUGACGAUAUGAAACAAGAAACACCGAAAGACAUACCGGGAAGAGACACAAAUUCACCACUAGCAAAAGUUCAGAAAAUACAUUCAGAUGGAAGUGGUGAUGAGUUUUCUUAUAUCGAAGAUUUAGGCAGAUGGCAGAAUAUGUGGGAAAUAUGUAAUGAAAAGCUGAAGGGAAAAGAUACGUAUGGAAUGUCAAAUAAGUAUUGUCAACUGGUAACCUUUGUGAUUGAUAUCUGCCCGAAGCCUUUACGUAGAUGUUUCAUUUCUCAAGCUACGACUGAUACACAGUAUCCGUACAGGAAUUUAGAGAAGUACCUACAGCUGCGAAAACAAGACAUCACCAACUUACGACAGCAACACAUAAUAAGCCCUGAUCAGUAUGCCAAUAUUUACCCUAUGGCUGCUUCCGUGGACAUACAAACAUGGGACGUUUCUUUACUAACUAUCCUACUCCUGGAGUUAUUUCAAGCUAAACUGCAACAAGAAGAAAAAGAAUGCAUUCGUAGGAUACAGAGCAUAUGGAACAGACUGAAAUACAUUGGAAAUUCUAGUUUGUUGACUCUUCAUAUGUUUCAAUCUUACUCAAAUGACCUUAAAGAUGCUGUCCGUAAACUUUCGCUGUCUGGAGAAAGCUGGCAGCUCAACAGGAAGGUGGAUUUUCCGUCUGUAUUAACAGAAAGCACAAACGUUAUGGUGCCAGUAUCAAAAAUCGCGGCUAUGUAUGCAAAACUUGAAGAGAAGUUAGACAGGCAAGCAGCCGAGAUACAGACUUUAAAAGAAGAAACGAAACAGUCACAUAAAAUCCUGACAAAGUCGUCCGUGAAAAAAGUCAGUAGAUCAGGUGUUGCAGAAAAGCGAAUGAAAAUUGUCGACCAAAAAGUGGAAAGAAUGAAAGAAAACCUUACUAGAGCGUUGACAGAACAUAACAUUUGCGAGGAAACUCAUAGAGAAGACAUUCUACGGAUCUACCAGAAACUUUGCGAGAGUCAUCGCGUGAUCGUUACUGGCCAUAACAACAGCAUGAUUUACAGAUGCGCGCUUGCAGCUAUUAAAUUGAUGAAGUGCGAACAGUGUUUAGAAAUAAACAACCCGUCCGACUGGCAACGCAUCGGUACCGAAGACGCUAGCUUGGUUCUAUUUAGGGAGCCAUUUGGAAUACUGACGUAUGAGUCACAAAAGGUUGAAGUUAUGCUGGAAGAAUUUGACAGCAUGUUAGAUGCAACAACUGACGACAAAGAUGAUGACGUUAUGGAUAUAAUAAUAGUAACCUCUCAGACACUUCUUAGUGAGGUUGCAAGAAGACAUGAUCACGAGAUGUUAUCCCCAUCAUGUACGGUUAAAAUAGAAUCCGAUGAAGACAACAGUUGUGAGUAUGCAUAUGCCAACAAGGAUACAGUUCAUAAGAACCUGCAAGAUAUUUCGCAAAUCUACAAAGAGAAGUAUAUACGGAAGACUGUUGACAAGCAUUUCAAGCAAGAAGUUGAAACGCUGUUUAUAGCUAACAAUACGGUUACAAUCAUCGGGCCAGUCGGAAGUGGGAAGACUACCUUGGCAUUUCAGCUGUUGUCAUCAUAUGACCUCAGCAACGGAGAAGACAAUUUUCUGGUUAUAGUGGAUCCAAGUGAACUAAAGUUUGUCAACUUUUUUCUUCGACCAGUGAUUAUAAUCAAGCUAUUGGCUGGAAUAAAAUUUGACAGAAUAGAAGCACACAAAUGGUACAGACAGUUUGACAGGUUGUAUGCUGCUGUAAAGGAUAAUAAAUUGGCCGUGAUUCUCACAAUAGAGACGGAAGUUUUCCUAGAGUGGCAGAGAAAUAUGCCGACUCAUCCUGUUCUUGAACAUUUCGUUUAUAUGCGCGAAAGUCCACCGAAGAAAAGACAAAAGAUCUAUCACGAAUACAAGAACCAGGCAGCAAGCGGAUCGAAAGAGUUCGUACCACUACAAAUGUGAAGAACAACGUCUACAACAAUGUCUUCUGUGGACCGUUCCCAUGGGUUUUCUUUACAUGUUUGAGAGAUGACAUAUGAGAUAUCGCCUUUGUAAAUUUUGAACAUAUUAUCAAAUUCAUUUAAUCAGGUUUUAUGUUUUUAUUAUUAGAAGAAAUUUUCAUAUUGAACGUUUUUCUGUGAGUAUGUUUGUAUCAUUUGAUUUGUCCCGCCAAAGAGCCCGUGAUUUUCAUGUCACUUUAUGGAAGUAAACUUUCAUUAAAAAAACAAAACAGCAGAACAGUAGGAUUCGAGUCUGCAUGUGAAUAAGUGUCACGCGAGGAUAUGAAACCUUCCAUUUACAGUUCGAAAAGCUAUUUAUACCAGUUCGUCAAUAUCGCAACUUUUCAUGAAAAUACUUGGUGCAAUUAUUUUUAUGAAUCAACCUUGCGGUUUAGGGUUUCCAGCAAUUGAUCAACGUGGCAUCUUUGUUUUUUGUUUUAUACAUUUCUCCUGUGCUACUUGAUGCUUUACAAUCUACAUCUUUUUAUUCAGUAAGUUGUUCGACAAUAACCGAAUUACUUCUCCAACUAAAAUGAUCUUUGAUCCGUCAGACCGAUAACUCCAACGAAGAAGGUAUUCUAUUGUAUUUUCGUUGCAGUUACUCUUGAUCUUGAUAAUUGUGCUAUGUGCAUACGCCAGAUAUUAAAUGAAUUGAUUCUUUACUGUAAUUGUCCACGUCAGUAGUUGAUUUUAUAUGCUCUUUAGUUUGUCUCUGAACUGAUCAGUGAAUGAAAGCAAAAGUAGGUACUUCCUAAUUUCUACCUAGGUAAUAUUAGACUUUAAACACGCACCCCGCCCAUUUCUCAGUCAAACAACGGUUACCAUGGCUUCCUUGCAAUAAGAUCAACCUCAAUUAAUUUGGAAUUUUGAGAUUGCAUAAAGACAUGCUGGCAAGAAGAUGUUCUUGUGUUGUUAACCUUUGAUCCAGAUAUAAUGUCACUGCAACUAAAAAAUUUGAAGCAAAACAAAAUCUGGAUCUAUUCUAUAUAUUUCAAAAAUUAUCAAUUUUUUUCAAGAUAUCAACCGAAACGAAAAAUAUGGCAACGGCAAGGUCGUUAAUUAUGCCAAGUUGUGAAAAACAAUGUCACUAAGCAGUACAACAUAAAGUGACUGAAAUGCGGUGACGUCAUCAAAGCUUUAAUAAAGAACUGUAAGAGGACUGCAUCAAAUAGGAAGUGACUACUCAGUAUUACAAGUAAAGUAGUCCAAGAUAAACGUCCAUAUUCUUGAUAAAAUCUGGUAUAAUGGGUCGGAUAAUUGUUUGUAUGAAAUAAAGAAAGAAUUGAAAAGUGUCUAAAAAUGAGGAUAUGAGUGGAAUAUUUUGGUCAUGCUUUAAUAGCAUAUGAUAAUUAAUGUACAAUACCGCAGCACAAAUUGAGAAAAUCACAGAAAGUAAUAUCACAAUGUCACUGUUUAGGAGUUAUUUAACAAAAUACGUAUUACAGCCCAAAUAUCGCUGAUUUCUGACUGACAGAUGUUAUACCUAGUAUUUUGACAGUAUAAGCAUGCACGUUGUUCUUAGAUUAGAAUAAAAAUGACGACAAAGGUCAACUUGAUGCGCUAAGUCAUAAAACCUUGAAAAUAUUUUGUAUCAAGCUGAAACAUGGUAUUUUUCCUGCAUGUUGGGUGAUAUUUUUAUAGAAAGUUAUUCAUAAAGACCGUUUUAACUAAAAAGGAAGUGAUAACACAGUGUUACAUGUCUAUGUAUAGCUCUAUGCUCUUUAUAGAAUGUAGUUUAAAGAGCCACAUAAUGGUGUUCUAAUUUUUUUUAUUUACUUUUAUUUACGAUUGUACUGGGAAAAGAACUAGACAACUUUCUUUGUGCAUUUAACGUGUAAAUUUUAUUUCCAGUAAAUGUCAACAUGUACGUAACUGUUCAAUAACAAUUUUCAGUAGAGCAUGUCUUGUAUUUUAUAUGACAGUACACUAUCUGUAUAUAUUUGUUGUAUUUUUUUAAGUAUACAUAUUAUAUUACCUUGAUAUAUGAUAUGGGUUUGAAAUGCUCUAAAGUAAUAAAAUGAUGUCUUAAGAUUAAAUUGUUAUCUGAAACAAAAGUGCAUUUGAAUUAGUACAGUAUUACGUAAAUAGAAACUCUUUGCUUAUAAAGAAUGGAAAUGCAUUUGUAUACGUGGCAGUAAAAUUAUAUUUGUACCGAAAUUACUUCGCUGUACCUUUUACGAAAAAAAUAUGAUCAUGACCUAUUGUUUUCAGAAGGUAUACGGAGCUGACUCGUAUACUUGAUUUAAUGCGUGAUCCAUCCUUGACAAUAAACAAAAUAAAAGACACGAAUGAAGUUAUGUUGCAAAAUAAUAAAAAAUAAGCAUUUCUUAUAUAUGUUAUCCAUAAGUUAGAUUAAUACAUUUGUUUCCAAUACGUGAAUUCAUGUGACGACAAAAUGAACUACGUUAUUUAUUAUAGUAAACAUGUUUCAAUGAAAAAUCAUUAUAUCGGUAAUAAAAUAUAAAUUUUUAUUGCCGAUGAGUCUUCAGUGUUUUGCGAAUAAAUAAAUAUAAACGACUUAUCUAUUUUAAGAAACAUACAAAUAUGGCUUGAGUUGAUUGCCAGUUAAACAAAGAAGAUACUCAAGCUAUGUGUAUUCUGUGAUUAAAAACGGUUAACGCAUGGACUGGUAAGAGAGUAUUAUUACGUCAAUUAUGACACCAAGUUGCUACAUUUGUCCGGUUCAUUACUACUUGGAAUGAAUAAGUCCAGCAUAAUUUCAUCAAAAUAUUUCAAAGAGCAUGUGAGAAUGAACACAAUUAAGGCCUUCAUGUAGUUUAUCGUCUAAUUUGCGUGGGUGCGUAGUUAUUCAAACACUACUGGUUCGACUCCCGUGCAUCAUAACUUUGACCAGUUAUAAAUCAGGUGACAAAUUACUCGAAUGCCUCAAUUAUUUCGCCGUCAGUGUAUUUUAUAUCAGAUCUCUUAAGUAACUCCAGGGUUAUUGCCAUUUUAUUGUUUAAAAAAAAACAGAUGUGUACAUAACAAACUAACCAAUUGGUAGAAUUUCAUUAAACUUCUUUAAUGUUUUUUCCAUGAACAUUUGUUAUCAACUUGUUGAAUUGUGUAGCCACACCCGGUCCGGUCACCCCCACCGCCCUGGUCACACCCCUCCCCCUCCCCACAUUUGAUUUCGUUUUUUACAAAACCUUAAACCUUCGAUGAAUAUUUAUCAACAUCAAAGUUGUACACUCCUCCACCUAGCUCGCUGCUCUCCCCCCCCCCCCCCCCCCGCCCCCCCACACACACACACUACACACAAACACGCCCCCCGCCCUUAUUUUUAUUGUUUAUCAAUAUUUGUGAUCAACAUGUGAAAUAUUGUACCCUUACCCGGUCGCCAUCCCCCUCCCCACUCCCUAAUUAUUUUUUAAUUCCUUUUUUUAAUUAUUCGAACCUUCUAUGAAUAUUUAAUAAAGUGUGAAGUUGUAAUCCUCCCCGACCUCGGUUACCACCCACGUUCCAGAUUUCUUACUUGAGUGUGCUCUCUUAAGGACAUCUGUUCUUUUAAGUUCAAUUGUACAUGACAUAACCACCAGAAAGCAUGGUCACUUUUUUCUAUAUGCAUAUACAGUGGAAAUUUCAAAAUAUGCUCGCCACAAAGCGCUGGCCAAAUUCGAAAUGAUUUCACAGACAAUAUUCAAACUAGCUUUGUCACACAGGUUAGUAUUUCAGGGCCGUCAUGGCCUUCUUAUAUUUAAUUUUCUUGCUAGUGUUUUCAACAUAUUCUUAAGGAACCUGUUCUCAGGUUUUAAAGGGCUGGCCUCCAGAUUGCUGUCAUAUGUUUCAACAAUAAGAAAGUUACAUUCGUUAUUUAGUUACUUUAAAUAAUAAGUUGACAGUAGAAUCAUUUCGAAAAAAUAGCUCUUCUUUAUAUCAUUAUUUAAAUAUUUAAAAAUAUCAACAAUAUAUAAUGUUGACUUAAAAUAAAUGAUAUUUUAUUUCCGUUGAUUUUAAAACAAAUGAUUUUUUUAUGUACAGCUGCCCUUUUCGAAGUCACCACAGAGUCAGAAUAUCUACGGUUCAGUUGUAUUUCUAUCAAAGAUUGCUUGAACUUUUUUUUCUGUACAAGUUACGACUAAAAUCUGAUGACAUAUUUUAUCGCUUUAUUGUCGCUUAUCUUUGUUUUGCUUUAAAGUACAUAUGUAUAUGUUUAGCAAAAUGCUGUGAUUAUAAAAUAUUGACCUGAUGAAUUUAAAAAUGUAACAGUAUUUACAACAGAAUGAAUAAAAUAAACGUAUUCUUUAUUUCAUUCAUUUGUUAAUCAAAUAACAUCAAUUUUCAUAAUAUUACUUUUUCUUAACAGAUAAGUGUAUUUGAUGUUGCUGCUGCUCAUCAUUUGUUUACCUAUACCUUAUGAAUAAAUGUGUACACAUACUCGUAA